AUGAAAGAGGUCCAGGACGAUCGUGGGUUAGAGGAUGAUAGUUGGAGAAAGACGGGGAGGGUGAAAGACAUGGACGACAGAGUACAGCAAUGGGAGGGCGAAUGGCGGAUGACAAGGACGAUCGGGGAUUUGACGAGGGAAAAUGAUUGGGGAUUCGGGGUUGAUGGGAAAUCAUUUGAUUUAGAAAUCAAUUACAAUAUCCCGCCAGGCACCCCAGCUGCGAGAAGAGAGGUCAACGAUGAUACGAUAUUAAGGUGGUGGUAUCAGUGUCGUGACAAUGACAAUGGGGACAAUGACAAUAAUGGCAAUGAGGACAAUGGGAACAAUGACAAUGGGGACAAUGACAAUAAUGGCAAUGACAAUGAGGACAAUGACAAUGAGGACAAUGAGGACAAUUAUGACAACGACAAUGAGGACAAUGACAAUAAUGGCAAUGACAAUGAGGACAAUGGGGACAAUGACAAUGACGACAAUGAGGACAAUUAUGACAACGACAAAGAGGACAAUGGCAAUAAUGACAAUGACAGUGACAAUGAGGACAAUGACAAUAAUGACAAUGAGGACAAUGACAAUAAUGACAAUGACAAUGAGGACAAUGGCAAUGACAAUCGGGACAAUGUCAAUGAGGACAAUCGGGACAAUGACAAUGAGGACAAUCGGGACAAUGUCAAUGAGGACAAUGAGGACAAUCGGGACAAUAUCAAUGAGGACAAUGUCAGUGAGGACAAUCGGGACAAUGUCAAUGAGGACAAUCGGGACAAUGUCAAUGAGGACAAUGACAAUGAGGACAAUCGAGACAAUGACAAUGAGGACAAUCGGGACAAUGACAAUGAGGACAAUCGGGACAAUGUCAGUGAGGACAAUCGGGACAAUGACAAUGAGGACAAUCGGGACAAUGACAAUGAGGACAAUCGGGACAAUGUCAGUGAGGACAAUCGGGACAAUGACAAUGAGGACAAUCGGGACAAUGACAAUGAGGACAAUCGGGACAAUGUCAGUGAGGACAAUCGGGACAAUGACAAUGAGGACAAUCGGGACAAUGACAAUGAGGACAAUCGGAAAAAUGUCAACAAUCGGGACAAUGACAAUGAGGACAAUGACAAUGAGGACAAUCGGGACAAUGUCAAUGAGGACAAUGACAAUAAUGACAAUGACAAUGAGGACAAUCGGGACAAUGUCAGUGAGGACAAUCGGGACAAUGUCAGUGAGGACAAUCGGGACAAUGACAAUGAGGACAAUCGGGACAAUGUCAGUGAGGACAAUCGGGACAAUGUCAGUGAGGACAAUCGGGACAAUGACAAUGAGGACAAUCGGGACAAUGUCAGUGAGGACAAUCGGGACAAUGUCAGUGAGGACAAUCGGGACAAUGACAAUGAGGACAAUCGGGACAAUGUCAGUGAGGACAAUCGGGACAAUGACAAUGAGGAAAAUCGGGACAAUGUCAGUGAGGACAAUCGGGACAAUGACAAUGAGGACAAUCGGGACAAUGUCAAUGAGGACAAUCGGGACAAUGUCAAUGAGGACAAUCGGGACAAUGUCAAUGAGGACAAUGACAAUGAGGACAAUCGGGACAAUGACAAUGAGGACAAUCGGGACAAUGUCAGUGAGGACAAUCGGGACAAUGACAAUGAGGACAAUCGGGACAAUGUCAGUGAGGACAAUCGGGACAAUGUCAAUGAGGACAAUCGGGACAAUGUCAAUGAGGACAAUGACAAUGAGGACAAUCUAGACAAUGACAAUGAGGACAAUCGGGACAAUGUCAGUGAGGACAAUCGGGACAAUGACAAUGAGGACAAUCUAGACAAUGACAAUGAGGACAAUCGGGACAAUGUCAUUGAGGACAAUCGGGACAAUGACAAUGAUGCUAAUCGGGACAAUGACAAUGAGGACAAUGACAAUGAGGACAAUCGAGACAAUGACAAUGAGGACAAUCGGGUCAAUGACAAUGAGGACAAUCGGGACAAUGUCAUUGAGGACAAUCGGGACAAUGACAAUGAUGCUAAUCGGGACAAUGACAAUGAGGAAAAUCUGGACAAUGUCAAUGAAGACAAUCGGGACAAUGACAAUGAGGACAAUGACAAUGAGGACAAUCGGGACAAUGUCAAUGAGGACAAUGACAAUAAUGACCAUGACAAUGAGGACAAUUGGGACAAUGUCAACAAAGACGACAAUGGCAAUAGGGACAAUUGGGACAAAGGGGACAAUGACAACAGGGGCAAUGACAAUGCCAACAAUCCAACAAUGGUGGAUAUAUCAACGCCUAAUACAGUGAUUGAAGUCAGUCAAUAG